CGGGCCGAUCGCAUCGGGCCACCAUUGAGAAAUGAACUUUCCUCUCAAUGGCUGUCUGGUGGUCGAAUUCCAUUGAAACGUGUGAAAAUGUGAAUUUAAUUCAUAAAUGCGGUCUGCCACGUCUGGCCCACCGCCAGGAAUCCGUCUGGCGUGUUUUCUCUGGCCUCACUCCAGAACCCCCCCCCAUAGCUCGUUCCCCAACUCCUCCCUCCGCUUCUGCCCUGUGCAUCCACCCACGGGAGAGGUGAUUUCGUCCUCUUUUUUUUUGCCCCCCUCCUAUUUUUUUAAAACCUCAUCCUCAUUGAGCGUUUUUUCCCCCCCGAGUGGUUCGUGGAUGCGGUUAGUAUGCUUCUCAGACGGUCCGCGCCGAGCUGUCACGCUUUGCCGCUGCUCCAGGGUCUACCCCGGUGCCGUGCUGCCUUGUAAGCCGAGUCGAGUCGCUUCCCCUCCGGCGUCGCGGACUCGGGUGUCCCGCUGUGCCCCCCGCGGUGCUCAACCGUGUACCCAAACUUACAGGCUCCCUCCUCACUAGACUAGUUUAAAGCCGCAACUUAUUUCGCACUAAACUGGAUAACAAAAUCGACCGCAAGGAUUUUUGAAACUUUUUUUGGGGGGGUGGGUGGGGGGGCGGGGGGAACCAAGAAGCCACCGGGAACCAUGAGUGGACGCGGGGACGAAGCCGGCGAGGGCUCCCAGGAGCCCGCAGGCGCCGCGGAGCCCCAAAAGAGGGGACCGGGGAGACCGAGGAAACUCCAAAAAGAGCCCAGCGGAGAGCCCGUACCCAAACGACCAAGGGGCCGCCCAAAAGGAAGCAAGAACAAGGGCCCCUCCAAGGCAGCGCAAAAGAAAUCCGAGGCAACCGGGGAGAAAAGACGCAGGGGGCGACCCAGGAAGUGGCCACAGCAAGUCGUCCAGAAAAAACCUGCUCAGGAAGAAAAAGAGGAGGAAGAGGAGGAGGAGGAAGAGGAAGAAGAGACUGCGGAGUCCCCGGAGGAAGAUUAAGCUUCCAUACCAUGAAACCUCUACCUCAUUCAACUGUCAGGUCUUUCAAAGGGAAAAGGCUACCUUGACCACUUUUUUUUUAAAACCUUUUCCACGUCUUUUUUUUUUUGGGUUGCUUUUCAGUCCAUGUCCAGUAUUUCACUUUAUCACUGGGUGCUGGAUGACUUGUCGCUAAGCAGGCCAUCGACGUUUCUCUUCCAAUUUUUCCCCUAACAACGCGCAAGACACACCUUUGGCGCCGUCGGAGGUGCGUGCGGACGCUUUUCGCAGUCUCCGAAACGCAGAAGGUUCAGGUCUUCUUUUCAAAAUUAUACCGACGCACAACCGACCCCAAAAUGAUGUACGGCCGUCGAGCACAGGGAGACGCGUGUUCCUCAGGGCAGCUUUUAUUUUUUGCUCAAUCAAUCAUGUUGACCUCAAGCCAAGCUUGCUAAAAGUUGUAAACUUCGCUCAGGUUUCGAAAAAACAAAACAAAAAAAAACAUCUUUUUAUAUAUAUAUGCUGGAAUGAAAAAGUGAACGAGCGAAAGUGAAAUCCCACAAAUAAUCGACGCCCAUUCCGUUUGUUCCGAAUCGGCCGCAAUCAGUGGAUUUAUGAUUGGGAACCUUGAACAAGUAUAACAUUUACGAUCAGCCACCCAGCAAUGUCAGAUCACAUAAUCACGAUCAUCUUUUAUUUCAAUUCAACCUAAAAUGUUAUUAUGGGACAGCAUGUGGGUUUUUCUUCUGCUAAUUUUAAUCCCUAAAGAAAAAUCGGACUUUUUAAGAUAUUUUAAAACCAUAUUUCCUCACUUUCCGAUGGAAUCGGCGCAUGUUUGAAAUGAUUAUAUUUCAGGAAAAUGAAAUUAAGUGGUUUGAGUCAUUCAACAUUGUAUCGUGAUACAGGAAGUAGAUUUGACACGAGACCUAAAAUGACCAAAUUUGGGCAUCGUCUUCCGCCUGAGACCGUUGCUAGUUUAUCCUGAUUUAUUCGUAACCCCAAUUAUCAACUCUGUCAUUCUCCAGAUUCCAAUGCCUCAAACACCCCCCCCCCCCCACUUCAAAGCUUUAAUUUUUAUUGACUUGAGGUCAGACAGUACCUUGUUUUCAUUCAUCGCCGUAACCUCAGACGUGUGGUUUUGCUUUACUUACCCUGCUCUUGUUGGACACCCAAAACCUCCGGUUCAGUCAUUGACGCCACAACCAAAACUUGUUUGCAUCGGACUACUCUACAGUACAUCGUUUAUUCAUGUCUGGCUCGUUUGCAGAAGCACAACAUAGCUUUAAAAACUUUGUUCAACGUCGCACAGCAAAGAUCUAUCCUCAGACGGUUUGCCUUACAAAAAAAAAAAAUAACCUCAUGAAAGAACAACAACAACAAAAAACAAAACAAAAACACAUUACCUCAGAACACACGUGAUACCUGGAUUUUUUUUUUGUGGCAGCGUCGCAUCGGACAUCUCAUCUCACACUGUAACACGCAGAGACGUGUCAAAUAAUUUGCUCGUACGUUAGUGCUUUGUGGUCACUGACGUGCGGCGCCUUCUCGACGGUUUUUGCUUUUUUGUUGUUUUUUUUUGUUGGUUUUUAAUCAAAACUACCUCCGACUCUUGAAAUGCGGCGCCGUGUCCGGAAGCGCGCUCGAAGCGACGCUACAGGAAGGCAAUUGUGCGUUCACGUCUGUGUUGGAACUGAAAAGCGUUGACGAUACUGUACAUUGAAAGCGAGGUUGCGCUUGUUGCCAUUUUCGCCCGCGGCUGUUUCGCUUCGAUCAGGUGCAGCCGGAGCGAUCGAUGAAAAAGCACGGGUCAGGUUUGAUUGUCUUUUAACUCAUUUCCAGAAAUUAGGUGUUUUUUUUGGGUGGGGGUGGGGGGGAUACAUUGUUAAUAUUUCUUUACAAAAGCUACCAGAUGGCGCCGAAACUAUAUUUUUAUAUUAGGCAUACCGUUGUCCUCAGCACAAAAAAAUGCAAAUAACUAAGGAUAUGCUCAAAGGAAUUUUUCAAAUUAUUCAAAAUUUUUAAGUCUACUUUGCUACCUGACAUUUGCUUCUUUAGCGAUUUCCGGGUUUGGGGUUUGGGGGGGGGGGGCAGUGGUCUCUUUUUCAAUACUGCUAUCAGCUAUCAUUCAUGUAUUCGAAUUUACUUUGUUACUCUACAUCCAUAAACGAUAAUGCAACUUUUUUCUUCAACGACAAACUGGGAUUUCUGUUUGACAGUAGUUAACUUGAAUUUUUUUUUUUGAGGGCUAUUUUUUUUCCUUUUUUUUCCUGAUUGUACUACCUACAGUAUGAAUGAAAUGUACCUCAAAAGUAUCGGCUUACAAUGGACUAAUCACUUCACUACCUCCAGUUUUGGUCAUGCCGGUGGAUUUUCAGUAUGAGCAUAUGCUGAUUGAUGUUAAUAAUCGACAGUAUAUAUCAGGACUGCAGAAGCUCCUCAUUUGAAAGUACUCGGUGUAGUCCGAGUAUAUUUCUCACCCUCAAGUGGCUUUCAUAUUUGAAUAUUGUAUUCAUGAAUACGUUUUCUUGUUUUUAAUUAGCUGGUAUACUUGGUUAGCUGUCUCGCGUACGUUAAUGUGAUUUUUUUUCCUCUUCUCUUGUUAUAUGGUUAAACCAGAUGUAUAUGGGAUUGUUUUUGGGUUUUUUUUUUUUUUUUUAGUUUUUUACUUUGGAAGGUGAUAUAAAAAAAAAAACAUUCAGCCAAGGCCGAUAGAGCCUCAGAGGGGCUGCGUUGAUUCUUUCAACCCGCUGUCAAACGCUCAUUGUACGACAAAUGAAGCAAAUGCCGCAAAAGCCGGAACGUACCAGUGUUGGCAGUGAAUGUUUUGUGAAGGCUGCCUCUCUCUCUUUUUGGACUGAGAUGAUUGUUGAAGCCACUGCGGGUGAACUUUCAGCUCUGGGAGUCUUAAAAAAAAAAAAAAGUUACUCGUCAUAACCGUUUUAUUCCAGUACAAUCAGAAACACAUUACUACCUCUCAAAUGGCUUUUUUUUUUUUUUACCUCAAUCUCAAACCUAAAUACUGUUUUGUCAUCCAAAAAGCAUUGGGUGAACAUCUUGAAAUGUUUAUUUUUGCCGGGAUACAUUUUAUAUGACUGUUUGUUCCAUUCACCUCAACUGAACUUGUAACUUUUAUUCUGUAGUAGAAGCUGGAAGGCACGUGGUUGGAUUUUUCCGAGCUCUCUCCACUGUGUGUGUGUGUGUUUUUUUUUCUUCGACAGCCUCUGACAUAUCUAACUUUUUGGGGGGUUGUUGUUGUUUUCCCUAUCCACUUCCUGUCCUGGAUUACGCUUCACUUUUUACUCGCUUGCUAAAGUCUUUAGAUAUUCACUGCGUUUUAUUCAAGCACGAUAAUAAAAAAUAAUAAAGUAUGGCAUCCAGAA